CCCUGAUUCAUCUUGAAAGGAGAUGCAGGGCAAAGCGAUACGAUGGCUGGGGUUCCUCGCCGCCCUGAUAGCUACGGGGGCCAGCUGGGAAGCAGACCCCCUCUGCCCACCCAAGUACAAAGUCAACUGUCUGCUCCGUCAACGUCUGGGCUGCGGGCCGGAAGGGGCACCUACCUGUGGCCCUUGCUUCCCCAAUUAUGAGGAGAACUCUAGUGGAGACUGCGUGCAGAAGAAGGUCCCUAAGCAUGAAAGCAAAACAAAAGGCCAGAAGAAGCCUAAAGACCUGCUCGCUCUCAUCCUUUCCCUCCUGGCCAAGCAUGAGAAAGGGCUGAAGCCAUCAGACAUGGAGACCACUUGGCCUGGCAGCAUGGAGGGGUUUGAACCACCCAGCUCCCCCACUUCCUUCCCCACCUCUUUCCCCCCAAAUGCCUCCUACUCCGUGAGCGGCACUCCAGAUUCUUCCAAGUCAUAUGAAGACACCCCAGUCUCAGCCACUAUGCCCCCGACAAGAGUGAAAGUGGAUUUCAAGCAAAGGUCUCGACCUCCGGCUACAAGUCUGAACAAAGCGGUGUCACUUACUCUCGUGGUGAUGUGCACAGUGACAGGGGUUUCCGGACUGGUAGUUGCUGCUAUGUGCUGGUACAGGCUACAGAAGGAAGUACACUUGGCUCAGAAGAUGACAUAUGCAGGCAGCCGGGGGAACCAAUACCGAUACCAUCAGCCCAGUGCAUACAUGGACUCCCGACUAGCUCAGUCGUGCCAAGUUCACCACUAUCAACAUCAGAAGAAGCUUCUCACCACAACCAGUGAGGACAGAGAAUCCCCCAAACCAGUAGAGCAGCUCUCCACAGAGUCAGAGACUGAGAACGGAGAUUACACCGUGUACGAGUGUCCAGGACUGGCGCCGAGUGGAGAGAUGGAGAUCCACAACCCACUCUUCGAUACCUCCACACUAAACCAAUGCCCUCCCUAAGUGCAUACCCCCCCCCUCUCUCUUUCUCUCUCCCCUUUCUUUUCUCAUCCACAUCUCCAACUCCUGGAUUAAUAGAGGGAUGAUGCAGCUUCAGAUUCAUAAAAAACACAAAAACAACCUACUUCCAUUAGAUGCCGACUGUCCACCUUUCCUCUUUAAAUAAAGGCCGCUUUGGUAUGACUCAACCAUCAGUCACACACACACAUCCCACCUUCAUCUUCUGGGAAUGGAUCAAAUGGGGGGAAACCGGCCAUUAGGAUCUAUAUUUUUUAGAAAAUAGAGAUCAUCUUCAAAAAUCCACAUCUAGAGUCUCUGGUAUUUCUGUCUUUGCUAGAAAACCUUUUUAUCAAGCUCUCCUGAUUCUAUCUACCUGGAAGCAUUUAGCUUAUAAAGCUGUGCAAGCCAGGGGCGGAAUGAGGCUUUGUUUCACCCGGGUCAAAGACCCAGUUUGGCACACCCACACAUUUGCACACACAGAGCCUGAGAGCCUGAAAAGCUCCCCUCUGGAGGCUUCACCCUGGGCAAAAAACCUGGCUAGCCCUCCUGUAGCUCUGUGUAAUGCAUACACUCAUUUGAAUUGAGGCCAUGGACUUCGCUUCAUUUCUUUAUAGAGCGUACCAAUUGCUUUUUUCCCUUUUACCCAACCCCAAGUGAUGUACAGUGUUAACAGGCUGCACUCAGCAAAACCUGAAGCAACAGCAUCAGAAUCGUUAUCGUAAUGGUGGCAAGCAUUGCAGGAAAAGUAAGAGGAAAAGAGCAUUGGCGGGAGAAGGUGUACAGAGAAGACACCCGGUGGGUCUUCGUGGAGAGACUGUUCCGUAGUUACGGUGCCACUGCUGAAAAGGCCCUGCUCCAUAUCCUUAGGUCUCAUCUCUGCGUGGACUAUAGAAUCCUGGGUUCAAGGUCCUUCUACCCAGAUGUGCAUGCGUGUCACCAUGUUUAUAUGACUACCUAAUUCCGUGUCUAUCAACGAUGUGGAAUUGCAGACGUAAGAAGCUUGCACGACCUUCCCUGCCCGACUUGGAAUUGCCUCUUGCUAAUGCCUUUCCGCCUUCUGGUCUCGUGGCUGCCUGUGCUCCAGAAGCCAAACACGGGUUGGGAUCCGUGCGCUGUAUGUAAUAGCACUGUACCUGUGUCUCAGUCAAAUGUGUUGUUCUAUUACUUCCUCCGCAGCAAGUGACCUGGCUCACUUGCUCGAGUCGCUCGUAGCCGCAACGAUGCUCGUUUGCAACUGCUCUCUGCUUGUGAGUUGUGUGGGUUGGUGGGGAAGGGACAAGCAGGGUAUUGUGUUGACAAAUAAUCACGGCACAUAGCAUCUUUGUACAGCGCUUUCCCCAAUGUGCUGAAAAGACUUCAGCUUUAUAAAUCCUGUUGGUAGCCUUAACUACAACCCUCCUGUGGAGUCUAGCAUUACUAUCCCCAUUUUACAGAUCUGGGCUCUCAAAGGUAGAGAGAGAGGGAGAUGAAAACACUCAGUGAUUUCAUGGCAGCACUGAGAUCUGAGCUCACCUUCCAGCUCACCUGUGCUCUGUAUGGUUGCCAUACAUCUGGAAUUUUGUGGACAUAUUUGGAAUGCUGCAGUUAGCAGGAGUGUCCAGGUGGAAAUCGGCAAAUGUCUGGGGAAAUCUGGACUUAUGGCAACCCGUGUCUGCAGUGUCGUUUUUGCCAAUUUCCCGUUAAAAUAGCUCAAAUAUCCUCAACAACUUUGGCCAAAAAAAAAGCUCAGCAACCUUUCUGUCUGGAUUUUCAUCAGCAACCCUAUCCUAAACCAGCCUACCUGGUGAUUUCCAGCUGUUUUGGAUUACAACUCCCAUCUGUGCUGGCUGGGUCUGGCGGAAGUUGUAGUCCAAAACAUCUGGAGGGCACCAGGUUGGAAAAGGCUAGUCUAGAGCCAUGCAGGUAUGUGGCUUUGCACAGUGGCUUCUAACCCGCUGGCAGCCACAGUACAAGCCCCCAAAUGGAUGGGGACCUCCUGGAAUUCAACCAGCGCAUUCUGCCAGAUAUUAAAUCCUGCUGCAUGACAAUAAUGGAGUCCUCCAAAAUACAGUGGUACCUCUAGUUACGAACUUAAUUCAUUCCGGAGGUCCGUUCUUAACCCGAAACCGUUCUUAACCUGAGAUGCGCUUUCGCUAAUGGGGCCUCUUGCUGCCGCUGCACCACCGGCACAUGGUUUCCGUUCUCAUCCUGGGGCAAAGUUCUCAACUCGAGGUAACUCUUCCAGGUUAGCGGAGUUUGCAACCUGAAGCGUUUGUAACCUGAGGCGUUUUUAACUGGAGGUACCACUGUGCUAACAAACAGAAUGGAAAGUGAGAAUUGAGUUAGGCCUUGGCUGAGCCCAAACUAUGGCCUACUAUUCAUGAGCAAGCGUGCUGGUGUACGGCAGGCAGGAGGGGGGGAAUCGCAGCUGCUUUGCUCCUGCUGCUCCUGAGCUACCAGGAGAUAAACUAUGGUUUAGUGUUGCAUUUGAAUCCAACCAUGUCCCUAUUUUUCAGGGACAGUCCUGGAUUCAUGGGCGUACCCAGCGAGGUAAACCCCGUAUU